GUCAGGAAAUAAAUUGCCUAAUUCGCAAUGGAAUAAAAUUCCUAAACUUAAAGUCUGCUAUCUCAACUUAUAAAAAAAAUUUAAUGCUUAAAAGAAAGAUUAUAAGAUUUGCUAUUGUACACAUAGAAUAAACUGGCAGACGUUAAGCGAACCUUCCAGAUACGUGACGAACCAAGUAAGUGAAUGUUAUGUAUGACGUUGCGGUGAAAUAUGUCAUUUUUAGGUUUUGGCUUUCAUUAGUUUGUCUAGUUUGUUGUACACACUGUAUACCAAAGAAUAUACUACUCUGUAUACUGUGUAGAACAAAUUUGUGACAGUCGAAAAGUUUACACGUGCUUUUAUUUGGUUGUAAACUUAUAUAUUCUUGUUUAUAGUAAAUCAUCUGUGCUCACAGAUUGUUUUAUACAAAUUUAAUAUGAAAAUCAAGAAGCAACAUCGUAAAAAGAAAUAUCUUCAUAAGCUAAACCGAAAACGUAUGCAUAGGAAUCAAACCAAAACGGGUGAAGUACAAUGUAAAGUAAUAAAAGAAGCUUGGGAUCACAGGAAAACUUCUUUUCGAAAUCUCCGAGAAAUGGGUCUUUCAAUAGAUCCUAACAAAACAAUAAAAAUUCCAAGUUUUAAACAAGACCAAGUUGAAAAGGCAAAAACUAUAAUAAAGGGGGAUGACUCUGACAUGGAAGAAGAGCAAGUAAAAACUAGGAAACCUAGAAAAGUGCAUGUUGUUCAAGAAUUGGAGAAGGAAUCCAAAGCUCCGAGAGAAAGAAAAUUCAUGUUACCAAAAGGACAAGUAAAUUUCAUAACAUAUUUAAUGGAUAAAUAUGGAUACGAUUACAAGGCAAUGGAAAGAGAUAAAAAGAAUUACUAUCAAGAAACAUGGAAACAGCUAAGAGCUAAAAUUAAAACAUUCAUGGGUAUACCUAAACAGUAUGGAGAAUAUUUGAAAGCCAGAAAUUUAAUUGAUAAAGAAGAAGAUGAGGAAGAGAUAAAGAGACAAGUUAAAGCUCUAGUAAUGGAAGAUUAAGAU